ACGAUAAAUAAGAUACACUCUCACACACCAAAAAAUGGCAUCCAUAGUUGCUUCCUUAGUCCCCUCUUUUACUCUCACUACUUCAUUUCUCGCUUCUUCUUCCUCUUCCUCUCAUCUCUUUCUCAAAACACUCACUCUAAGGUCCUCUUCGUCAUCCCUGCGUCUUUCUUUUGCUGCACUGCCUCUGCGCAAUCUCAUGGCACGUGCCAGUCUCGGCCUCACUAACCCUGCCGACACAGAAACCCCCAAGAUCGCUUUUGCGGCGAAGGAGGUUGACGUGGCGGAAUGGAAAGGGGACCUGCUUGCGGUUGGCGUAACGGAGAAUGACGUGGCGAGGGGAAAUGAUUCGAGAUUCGAGAACCCCGUUUUGAACGCGUUGGACUCCAAGCUUGGAGGUUUAUUGGCUGAAGCCUCUUCCGAAGAGGAUUUCACCGGAAAAAAUGGCCAGUCAACGGUUCUCAGAAUCGCUGCUGGACUUGGAUCCAAGAGAGUCGCCUUGGUUGGGCUCGGCAAGUCGGCUUCAACCGCCGCCGCUUUUAAGGGCUUCGGCGAGGCCGUUGCUGCCGCCGCCAAGUCAGCUCAGGCCACUCAUGUUGCCGUCGCUCUUGCCUCUUCCCAAGGACACUCUCCCGAAUCCAAGCUUAACACCGCAUCUGCGAUCGCGUGUGGGACUGUGCUGGGAACAUUUGAGGAUAAUAGGUACAAGUCAGAAUCGAAGAAACCGACACCGAUGCUUAGAUCGGUUGAUAUUAUUGGUCUUGGAAAGGGGCCUGAAUUGGAGAAGAAACUUAAGUAUGCAGGAGACGUUUCUUCUGGAAUCGUGUUCGGAAGGGAGCUUGUAAAUUCUCCUGCUAAUGUGCUCACGCCAGGGGUAUUGGCAGAAGAGGCAUCUAAGAUUGCUUCAACAUAUAGUGAUGUUUUUACUGCCAAAAUAUUAGAUGCUGAACAGUGUAAGGAAUUGAAAAUGGGGUCCUAUCUGGGUGUUGCUGCAGCCUCGUCAAACCCUCCUCAUUUUAUCCAUCUUUGUUAUAAACCACCAAGUGGACCUGUCAAUGUCAAGUUGGCAUUAGUUGGAAAAGGUUUGACUUUUGAUAGUGGGGGCUACAACAUCAAGACAGGACCUGGCUGUUUGAUUGAGCUCAUGAAAUUUGAUAUGGGUGGUUCUGCUGCAGUUUUUGGAGCAGCAAAAGCUCUUGGUCAAAUAAAACCUCUUGGGGUGGAGGUUCAUUUUAUAGUCGCAGCUUGUGAGAAUAUGAUAAGUGGAACAGGUAUGAGGCCUGGAGACAUUGUCACAGCUUCAAAUGGAAAGACUAUAGAGGUUAAUAACACAGAUGCCGAGGGUAGGCUUACCCUGGCAGAUGCUCUGGUGUAUGCUUGUAACCAAGGUGUUGAAAAGAUAGUUGACUUGGCAACAUUAACUGGGGCCUGUAUAGUUGCUCUUGGACCCUCAAUUGCAGGCGUGUUUACACCCAGUGAUGACCUAGCAAAAGAAAUUUUUGAUGCUUCUGAAGUGAGUGGGGAGAAACUAUGGAGGAUGCCAUUAGAAGAAAGUUAUUGGGAGUCAAUGAAAUCAGGAGUAGCUGAUAUGGUGAACACUGGUGGUCGACAAGGUGGUGCUAUUACUGCUGCUCUUUUCUUAAAGCAGUUUGUUGAUGAAAAGGUCCAAUGGAUGCAUAUUGACUUGGCUGGUCCAGUGUGGAAUGAUAAGCAGCGCUCUGCAACAGGAUUUGGUGUUGCUACUUUAGUGGAAUGGGUUUUGAGAAACGCAUCUUAAAUGCAAAAUGAAAUCUUGAAAUCAUGACAUAUUGUUAAAUUGUGGUGUUUCUGGUUUGGUGAGGUCAGUUAUAUUUCUGAAAGGAUAUAAAAGAUGGUGCCACGAGGCAUAGUUUUUAGGCGUAUUUCUCUGUAUUUAAACUUUUUUAACGAUUAACUAAUGGUUAAAUUAGCCUCUCA